AUGGUGCGAGGGAACCAAGACAUAGUAGCCAAUACGCCUCGACAUAUCUCGAUGCAUGAUUUUAAAGUAGCUCCUCCACAUGAUCAGCAUGUCCACAGCGGGGCGGGUUUACGUGCCCCACCCUUUGGAUAUGAUUCGGAAAUGCAACGGCAUGACUCUGGAUUAACAGGUAUGAUGGCGGCAUAUAAUGGUGCAGGGCACGUUAUGCCCCCUAUUACGUCAGUGAAUGUUGAUAACGUUAAUCACCAGACGGAUAUUUACGCUCGAAGCCCAGUACACCCUCGACAUGUCUCAAAACAUAUUGUUAUGCCUACAAUUGCAGCUACACAAUCACGUUCGUACAAUGGGGGAGACCAUGCUAAUACAGUCCCAUGUUCAGAGGAGGUCCAAUGCGUACCAAUAACACAGAUGGGAGCUAGUGAAAGGUUGCCGAACAAUUUGAGAAUGGCCGAGAAUGCCAAGGAGUCUAGUCCAUCAGGAAUUUCAAACAAUACGUGCGUAUCAGUUAAUAUGCCCCAAGUUGCGGAGACUGAUCCGGGUCGGCAAAUGCAUCUGCAAAGGAUGCAACCGCUUAAAAGGCAAAUGCCACACCCUUGUAACCGUGUUUUGCCGCCGGAGCAGCCCCACCAAUUGCAUAUUGCUGAUAUGGGAGCUGCCUUCGCUAAGCCAUAUGCCGUGAAUGUAUCAAAACCUACCUCAGGAUCCACACAAGGAUAUACGGCAUCCAAUGCUCAUGAGUCCGGCGCCGUACGCCUCGUAGCACAAGUUAAGAGAAACGCAUCCCCCCCCCAAAACACAAACACGGGUGAUAUGUCAGUUACAGACACCAUGAAAAGCUCCAUUAAUAAGAACCCACAUGCAAAGUGGAUGAUAAUGCAGCGUUUGCAAGGCGACAUGAGUCUGGGUGAUAGGGGCAUCUCGCAAAAUAUACACCGUGAAAUUCCAGCUGUACAAGAGACGGCGUCGCAUGGUGAUAACAACUCGGUAAUUUACGAUGAUAAGGAAAAUAUCCAAAACCACGAGGCUGACGUGCAACACGGAAGCGUUACAGCGAUGAAGACGUGUGUAUUUUACGUAGACAGCAGGUGGAAACCAGUGAAGCCGGAUCAGAUGCUGCACUUCGAGUUUGGAAUCAGUAGUGACGUUUAUAGAGCAUUUUAUGUUUUCUUAAACGAACUACUGCCACCACUAGGUGUACGUGAUUUCCAUAACAAAAUGGACUUUCAAGCAUGCGAGGGAUACGAUUUGUCGGUGGUUAUGAACGAAAAGCUUGAUAUAAAUAACGACACAGUCAGCGAUACAAACGUUCUAUGUAUGGUAGAAAAACUUAGGAUGCUCAAGUGUGCUAUAUGUAAAAGGGGGGAACGUCGGAAAAUGCUUCGAAAAAGCUAUCCCGAGAGGAAAUGUGCUAUUUAUUCAGGCUCUAGCGACCACGAAUUGCACCGCUAUUUCGGGUCUACUAUAGUAGAAAAAGAAUCCAGGCUGUUGUUGUAUCAUAAGGUGCUCUGCGACAGAGACCCUAUAUUUAUAUGCGGUAGGGAAGACCGCAAUUGCAAGGCAGCAAUGGAACGACGCUACGAUCUGUAUUUAGAGAUAUCGGAGUGGCGGGUGCAAGUGGCACUCAGGCGACUCACCGACCUACGAGAAAGGACAUUUCAAGUAGCUUUUGGCAUAAAUGCACGGGAUAUGAUGAAUUUCAUCAUGUACAUUUUCACAAAUUAG